AUGUCGACUAGCCCUCCAUCAUCUGCUAUCAAUCUAACACAAGAAGUUCUAUCAUUUUCCAAUGACGCCUUCUACAGUUUAGUGAACGAACAAUGUGGCAGUGUAGCCGUGGAAAUCAUGAAAGCACAAGACAUCUCAUCCGUCGAAUGUUUGCUGCAGAUCAACAGCAUCUUUUUGUUUUUAGAACUUGAUUCAAACGAUCUCAUCCCGCUAAAGAAAAAAGCAGGAAUUUAUCUUAAUGAUGGGCGUUAUGUGGUGAAGAAAGGAUUAAUGUACAAGGUGAACGCAUUUCUCCAAUCUCUACACGCUCUUAAUCAACAACAUUUAAUUGAUAAUCCUUCUGGUAAUUCGUGCACUUCAUCUGAUGUUAUCAUUUCCAGUGAUAUUUUGGAGAAAUUUCCAUUCAUUAGAACAAUUAUUACCUAUUCAAAGGUCAUCUUGACUAGUAAUGUUGAUUUUACCUUUUUAAACAUUGUUCUCAAAAGCAUAUUCAAUAAUUUAAUUAGUAAUGAAAAAGGUUAUCGUUAUGAUGAUAUUAUUCGUCAAUUUGCAGCGAGUAUCUACAUUCUUGGAGGUCGAACACUCUAUGAGUUUUUACGUUUAAAUAUACCUGCUCUUCUUCCAAGCACACAGAUUAUUCAAUCUUACAUCAUUUCUUCAGAAAAUCGUCUUACAGAAGGACAUUUCAAUUAUGAUUGUAUUAGCAAUUAUUUCAGUUUGAAUAAUUCAUCAUUAGGUUUUUGUGCAGAAGAUUGCACAGCAAUUGUUCCAAAAGUUACAUAUGACACUUCAUCAAAUUCAUUUAUUGGCUUCGCGCGUCCAUUGGAUGCAAACGGAAAACCUAUUGCUGAUUUGUUCUCGACAGAUUCAUUUGCUCGUUUCGAAAAUUGGUAUUCAACUUUUCCAUUAGCUAAAUCAUUAAAUGCUUUUGCUGUUCAACCACUUUCAUCUUUACAGAAUCAAAGCUUGCCAUAUUUACUUACAGCUUUUGGAACAGAUGGGAAGUUCACAGCUAGCGACGUUUUAUCUCGCUGGUACCAUAUCUAUCAAGAGUUCAAGAGUAGAGGUGUGCGCAUAAUUGGUUUUUCCAGUGAUUGUGACAGUCGUUAUUUACUUGCUAUGAAAGCAACACUUGGUUUCUUCGCACAUUUCGUUUUCGAUGAUCAUCCAGAUUUAUUUUCAAUUGAUCUACCUGCAACAUGGUCUUGGUUCUUUAUGCAGCAUGAAAUACUAUUCGUGUGCAUGCAAGAUGCAACUCACAUUUGUACCAAGCUUCGAAAUCGUCUUCUUUCAACAACAACAUCUCUCCUUUUCGGUGAUCAAUUAAUCAAUAUUGAUCCAUUACUUUAUCUCAUUGAUAAUGUCUCAAAGUUCGAUCAUGGACUUGUUCGUUCAGAUGUCAAUCCAAAGGAUAGACAAAACUAUGGAUCAGCAGAAAAGAUUUCAAAUGAUAACGUUUUGAAAUUACUUGAACAAAUUCCAAAUUCUAUUGGCAUUUAUAUAUACUUACAGGCAAUCAAAAGUGUACGACUUGCUUAUAUACAGAAAACAACAAGUAUUAUUGAUCGCAUCUUUCAUGGGUGGACUGCGGUGUUCAUUUUCAGAUUCUGGUUUUUGUGGAUUAACAAAACUGAUAUACAAGGUCUAAAUGACAUUCUGUUAAAUUUAUCUAAUGACAAUGUGCAGUGUGAUGAAUAUCUGAAGCCAAAAUCAAGGUAUUUCAUUACUUAUCAAUCGCAUUUUUCUGUGGAAAUCAACGCUCAUUCACUUGUCUAUCUUACAAUGCUGGUUUCUGAGCAACAGCUUCCUGUUGAAGCUCUCAAGAUCUGGCUCCAAAAUUCUCAAACUUGUGAAGGUAUUUUCAGAUCUGCAAGGUCGAUAUCUAGUGUAUUUUCGUCUGGUGUUAACUUCACCGCCUCCCAAUUUCUUUCUCAAGUUAAUAAGCUGUCAACGUUACAGAAUAUUAAAAAUAAUCAACAUUUAAACUUAUUACGCUUUCCACAACAUCACAAACUGUCAAAAAUAUCAAAUCAUACUUUUGAUAUAUCUAAUUCAAGCAUACCAUCCAAACAUGAUAUUGAGCAAACGAUUAACAAAUCCUUUGAAUACGUACUUCAACUCAUAAGCCCAUUGAAAAUUAAAGGUUUUGUGAAAGAUGAUGGGAACGCAAUAACACUGAAAGCGCUGAGUGAUACCGUUUCACGUCAGCUGGAUAGUUUUUGGUCAAAAGAAAUCGAAUUAAACGAUACUACUGAUGAUUCAAGUACGGAUACAGACGCCAUCACACCAGAUAGUUCGGACAACAAUUGUGACGACGAUGCAAUAGAAUUAGAUGAAGAACAAGGCAGCAUUAGAACUUCUAGCACAUCAGGUUUUCAAGGAAUACGAGUAUUUGACAAUGUGAAACAAGAACGUGAACAUACGUACUUCAAAGUGAGUAUCAACAAUCAAACAAAAUUCUUGCACAAGCAAACAGCCACAUGGCUUAUGGAAAAAGAUAAGAACUCACUAUCUGCCGACAGAGUAUCACGUUUCAGAGGUGUAUAA